UCGUAAUAUUUCCAAACCAUAAUUAUUGGGUUGCUAAAGCCAACCCAUGUGCACCCCUAGUUCUUACACUUGAAAGCGAUAGAGCAAAAUUCUUUCUACUAUGUUCAAAGCUAAAUCACUCGGAACUUUCCAAAAUUGACAGGGAAAUGAAUUAUAUUGCUCAUAAUUUUACAAAAUAUGCUAUGCACUUCGGUCUUGAAGGAAACAUCAGUUGGAAACAUGCCGAAGCUUCACUUCUCAACAACUACAAAUCGUGCGGGAAGAAGAAGACUCUGAAGACGUGAGAGGAUUGUCCGUACGAUAAUGGAGGCAGGGCAUGCAGAGACUAAAUCAAACCCUAAUUCUGAAACAAACACUACCAAGAGAGACGAUAAGAAGAGGAAGAAGGUUUCGGAAUUCGAGUACUGCGAAGUUUGCAAACUGAAUCACGAUCAGGGCCAGCGCCACAAGUACUUCCCAAGCCACAAAAAGUCCCUCUCCAUCUUCUUCUCUCGGUUCCAGACCAAGCUCUCCGAUGUUCGUUUCUUUCUGAAAAAUCCUACACUCCUCCUCCCGGAACACGCCUCUCACAACCGCGUAUGGUGCGUCUUUUGCAAUAAAGAUAUCGAUGAGCUUGGCAGCUCUUUUGCUUGUAGUAAUGCAAUUCAUCACUUGGCAAGUGUGAGUCAUCUGAAGAAUUUGAAGCACUUUUUGUGGAAAAAUGGUGGAGGAAUGGAUUGCAUUGAUAAUUUUAGAAUAACGAAAGCUGAUGUUACUAAGUGGGAGAAAAAGUGUAAAUCAUUGAAAAGUGGAGCUGUAUCAUCUAAAGAAGCAUCUCAUGGACCAGUUUUUGGACCUUCCAAUGAUAUCCACAAUGAACUCAACUAUGUAGAUAAUAAUAGUUAUAUAAAUAAUAAUCUCCAUUAUUUUGAUCCAAGCAUUUCAACCGGUGUUAUGCCUUUACAAAAUCUUACAAAUGAGUAUCAGGUAUCUCAUUCAGGAAUCACAGAUGUUUCAAAUGUUGGCAUGUAUUCAGAAGAUAUUAUCUCUUCUUUACCUUUGGAGACAAAUUCCGGUACUAGAUCCAAGAAUUUGAAUGGUGUAGCAGGUAUGCAGAAUCUUACCCAAAUUUUUGUAUCUGAGGUUGCUGGAGGAAAUGUGCAUUCUGGAGCACCUCCUCCUUGGUUUGAAGCAGUCGGCGAAGGUCAACUAAAUGUUGGAGUAAAACCAGACUUAGGUAGCUUUGUUUCUUCAUCAAGUAAAUUGGGGAAGUCGAAGAAAUUGAAUCCAAAAAGGGUUGGGGCAGCUUGGGCAGAAAAGAGAAAAUUGGAGCUGGAGAUGGAAAAGAGAGGAGAGCGUGUGAAGAGCGAGUGUGAUGCAAACUGGCUUCCAAAUUUUGGUAGAGUUUGGCAAUCAGGUAGCCGAAGAGAGUCUAGAAAAGAAUUUGAGUUGGAAAAGCAAAACGUAAUCAAGGUUGAAAGUCAUCUUGAGGAGCUAGUAAAGAUACAGCCUUACAUAAGCAAACGAAUGGAUGAGGAGCCAGUAAAGAUACAGCCUUACAUUAGCAAACGAAUGGAUGAAGAGUCAGUAGAGAUACAGCCUUACAUUAGCAAACAAAUGGAUGAAGAGCCAGUAAAGAUACAGCCUUACAUUAGCAAACGAAUGCAAAGAGACGCAAGUAAAUGACUGUUGCUGAGGGGUACGAUGUGAGGGACUGAGCUGUUCCUCCUACAUCUUUCGAUUUGAGACCAAAUUGAGCCAGAAUUUUGUAAAAAUUAUGUGCAGUCCUAGCAAGAAUGUAGCCAUAAUUUCGAACUUGUUUUAGGCAAUUCUGUAGUAAGUGGCUAAGUGCUGCUGCCUGUUGGUCAGAAAAAUGUGUAAUAAUUUUUCCGUGGGAGUCUGGGAGAUCUUAGUCCAUAGCACUGAAAACUCAUCAUAAAUCUUUUCACUAUAUAUUGUACAUUGGCAAAUGUGAAUGAUAUUUCUUUUCGGACCAUC